AGUCUUCGCAGCGAAUUUCAGAAAAUUCUCAGAAAAAAGUCUUUUUUGGAAAGAAUCGAUCGAUCGGUCAGUUCAGGUAAACUUGAAUGCUCAGGUGUGCUUUAUAAUAUUUGUUUUUUAAGGUGUUUGCAGAAUAUGUGGAGGGUGAAAGAUGGAGAGGACGUGAUGAAGGAGAUGUGAUGCAAUACUGUCUCGCAGGACCUCCUGGACCACCUGGCCCUGCUGGACCACCGGUAUGUCCUGACCCCUGGGGUCAUUUCCUGCCGCCGUCUCUAGAGAAAGAAGAGUUCCCUCUUCACAGGUAAAUGUAAUGCAGCGUCACAGAGCUGUAAACAGGUUUAUUUACACUCUUCAUUUCAGGGGCAGAACGGCUUUCCAGGAGUACACGGUCCCAAGGGAGAUAAGGUGAGUCUGAUUGGAGAACGAGAAGAGAUUUUAAUGUAUUAUUUUGGGAUACACAUGGGAUAAACUCUGGAACCUGCAUGCUGUCCUCUUCUCUCUGUAGGGGGAUAUAGGUCGGCCAGGAACAAAGGUAAGCCUGGAAUAAUCUUCAACAAGUGGAACAACAUGGCCUUCCUGCUCUGGUUCGGGUCUGUGCCUUAUGAUCCUCUCUCUAAAGCAUGAGCAGGCGUUUUAAUGACAGCGAUGAGGGCAGUAGGAAGUUACGCUGGGUCGGUCGCACCUCUCUGUCUUUUAUCCCUUGUUUGUGCUGCAUCAUUUUUCAGUGUUCCACGGUCAGCACUUUAAGGUUAAUUAAUCUCCGGUGUAUUAAGGCAUGGCUUUGGUCCACCGCAGCACAGUCCGGCAAUAUCACUCAGUGCCGAGAUCAGACAUGGAUCUCUUUACCGCAAUGCAGAAAUCAACACUGAGCUAUUUCAUUACACUGAGAGAGAGAGAGAGAGAGAGAGCGAGAAAGAGAGUUAGAGUGAGAGAGAGAGUGAGAGAUAGAGAGAGAUAGAGAGUGAGGGAUAGAGUGAGAGAGCAAUAGAGAGAGUGAGAGAUAGCGAGAGAGAGAUAGAGAGUGAGAGAUAGAGAGAGAUGGAGAGAGAGAGUGAGGGAUAGCGACAGAGAGAGAUAGAGAGACAGUGAGAGAGAUAGAGUGAGAGAGUGAGAGAUAGCGACAGAGAGAGAUAGAGAGACAGUGAGAGAGAGCGUGAGAUAGAGAGUGAGGGAUAGAGUGAGAGAGCGAGAGAGAGAGAGAUAGAGUGAGAGAUAGCGAGAGAGAGCGAUAGAGAGAGAUAGACAGUGAUAGAGAGAGAGAUAGUGAGAGUUAGAGAGAGAGAGAGAUAGAGUGAGAGAGAGAGAUAGACAGUGAGAGUUAGAGAGAGUGAGAGAUAGAGAGAGUGAUUGAGAGAGAUAGAUAGAGAGUGAAUACUAUUAGUUCUAAAAUAAAAUAAAAAUCUAUUUUAGAAUACUCCUGUCAUGUUCCCGUUUUACAUGUUUUAGAACAUAAUUAGAUUAACAGCCCGCGUCAUUACGUCACCGCGCCACGCCGUCCGACGUCCCUCCAGAAUUUCACGUAUCAACAUACAGUUCGUCUUCGUUAUGGUACCGUAUACAGUUUUGGGUUUUCCGUUUUUUUUUUUUUUAUAUAUGAACGCUUUAAGUGCAGUUAAUUAUUUGUCAUGCUAUACGUGCUAAUAGAAAACUGCUUGAAGCGGUGGGUGUGUCCCAAAUCGCGUAGUUACCGUCUAUAUAGUAGCCGAGCUACAUGUAUUUUUCCCCACUACAGGCCUAUAGUAGGAAAGUAUGCGAUUUGGGACACAGCCGAACUCUCUUGUUCGCCGUAAAACGUAAAACUGCCGUGUGUGAUUGUGUCCUGCCGCAAAAUGCGGUGAAAACUCCCACACGACGUUCAUAAUGUGAUUAAGGUGUUUACAUGUCACUACUACACGUCCAUAAUGUGACUAAAACAGGAGUACUCCACCUGUCUUAAUUAGAUUAUUGCUUACUUCGAUUAUGACCUUAAUUAGAUUAAGGUAAGUAAAAAUUGCUGUUUACAUGGUAGUUUCUUAAUUAGAGUAUGGUCUUAAUCGGAUUAAGAGUGGAUUAUUGUUGUCCAUGUAAACGCAUCUUAUGUGUUUCCGCAGGGUCGCACUGGCCGGCCCGGGCUUCCCGGGAGGCCGGGCUCUACAGGACCGCCAGGUCCCGAGGGACCCAAAGGCGAGAAGGGAGACCAUGGACUGAUGGGACAUCCUGGGAUGAGAGGACCAGUGGGAGACAAGGGACUGCCGGGAUACAAAGGAGAGAAGGGUUCACACGCGGAACCAGGAGUUCCAGGUCCAAAGGGAGACAAGGGUGUAAGCGGACAUGCUGGCAUGUUUGGACAGAAGUGUAUGUUUGUGUGUCUCAGGGUGAAACGGGACUGAAGGGAGAGGCCGGCGUGACAGGGACGCGUGGUCCUACAGGACGCCCGGGCAAAAGAGGAAAGCAGGGAUCUAAAGGACAGACUGGACGCAUAGGACCAAUGGGACCAGCUGGCCCACCGGGACUGAACGGACAGCCAGGGCCCCCUGGAGUUCCUGCCUCAGUGCUGUAUGUAGGCGGAGAGAAAGGUGAGAUGGGGACGCCAGGUCCUCCUGGACCAUGUGACUGCAGCUCGUUUGAUACCAACGGCCCUGGAAGUGCAUCACUGCAGCGCCGUGACAAAUUCACCAAGGUUUCAGCGAUAUUCGUGGUGAACGGUGAGAAGGAACUGAGCGACCUUGACACGGUCAACACUCUUGCUUUCUGCAAAGAACGAAAAUCUCUCUACUUUAAAGACACGGAUGGGUGGAAGCCGAUUCAGCUGCUCCCACUCCGUGCGAUGGAGAGGAAGAAGAGAGCAGCGUGGGAGGAGUGUGGAGAUGGAGAGGUGCAGAUGAUGAAUGGAGAGGAGUGUGAUGAUGGAAACCAAGUGGUCACAGAUGAAUGCGUGGGCUGUAAAAAGGCUUAUUGUGGAGAUGGAUAUCGCCACCACGGUGCUGAAGAGUGUGAUGGAAAGGACUUUGGCUAUCAGACGUGCAGGACGUACCUGCCAGGGCACGUACUCCACACACACACACACACACACACACACACACACACAUACACACACACAUAUUUCAGAUUUAUGCUUCAUUUAUUUACCCACAGUAAUGCUUACUAUAUGAUGCUGUUAUGGUGCCACAGAAGUUCCUCACCACUGUGCGUUCUCCACAGGACGCUCGGACAGCUCAGAUGCACCGAUUCCUGCAUCAUCGACUUGACUGGCUGCAAGUAUGCCACCUGAGCUCCUGACGCCGUGUGUGUGUGUGUGUGUGUGUGUGCGUGUGUGCGUGCGUGCAUGAGCACACAUCCAGGUCAGCCUCUGGUUGUCACAGUGUGGAGCUCGCAUCAUGACGCGUUCUCAGUGUGGAGGUGUUUAAUAAAGUUUAUGACCGUAUUUAUUCAUUUUUAUUCAUGUAAAUGCAUUUUAUAUUAUUUAUUCAUUCUCUCAUUUCAUCAUCAUUAGAAAUGCGUGUAUGUGUGUGUGUGCGUGUGUGUGUAUACAGUAUCCAGGGGUGUACUCACUUUUGUGAGAUACUGUAUGAGUGUGUGUGUGAAUAUGAGUGUGUAUGUGAGUAUGUGAGUGUGUGAGUGUGUGUGUAUACGAGUGUGUUUGUAUGUGAGUGUGUGUAUAUGAGUGUGUAUGAACCCGAAGUAAACGUGAGACGUCUAGGUUGAUGUCUUCAAAGCCUGUUCGUUUGUGCAUCAUUCCACUUGGAAUAAAGUUCUAAAGUGCAAACCUGGAUAUAUAAGAGUCCAAUCUCACAACUCUUAACAUUGGAUAAAAUGACAAGGCAUGCUCCGAAAUGUUCUGAACAUCAUUCUGUGAUGUGUAAAUAUAUAUCAAUUAAAGAAUAAUCGACCA